AUGUCUAAGUCCUAUUUGGUUGCAAUAACGUACGACUUCUUAGCAGAACUGUCAGGACUUGUGCUCAUUGUCUUGGGCAAUAACGUAGCUGUAGUUUCAGUGACCAUUCUAGAAAAGUGGUCUACUAAUUCUCACAAAGUUGUAAAUUUGUUCCUAUUUGAGCUAGUGGAGUGCCGUGAUUAUUAUGGAUUGAAAACCUCAAAAUCCGCAACUAGUGCAAACUUUGCUGGUUGGGCUGUGAUUUUUGCGUCGGCAGCUUUUGGAGAUUUCGUUCGAGCUCAUUUUGCUGCUCAAGCAUUGUAUGCUAUAAUAGACAACUGCGACAAAGUCAAAGGAGGCGAAAUACCAAGUCAGCGUUUUUUUCAGAAGAUUGAAGGAUCAGUAAAAGUUGAAAAGGUCAACUUUAGCUAUCCAUCGCGACCUGACGUGAAGGUUGCUCGAAAUCUGAAUAUGAUAGCUCGCACCGGUCAAGCAAUCGCCCUUGUUGGUGCAUCAGGAUGUGGGAAAAGUACAGUGAUACAACUUCUGGAACGAUUCUACGAACCAGACAGUGGAAACAUUAAACUUGAUGAUUACAACUUGGAUCAAAUUUGUAGAGUUCAUCUUCGAAAUAACAUCGCUUUAGUUGGGCAGGAACCUAUUUUAUUCAAAGGCUCUAUCUUCGAAAAUGUCACUCUUGGAGUGGAGAACGUUGGCAUCGCAGAAGUCCAAGAAGCAUGCAGGCAAGCAAAUGCCGCAAAGUUCAUUGAAGCCUUCCCUGAGGUAUGAAG